UUGGGGGAUAUUUUAGAAAGUAAACAACUUGGUGAUGAGGAAAAGGCGAAGCUUUACAAUCAGGUGUUGCAACGGUACUUGACUUAUUACGAUCAGCGGAAAGGCCAGCCUCUCCAUGUGAAGUUAACGACCCCUAAAACAACAGAAACCCCCAAGCCAGCUGAGAACGCAGAAUCUACAGAGGAAGCUUCCCCAGAUAAUUCUCUUCCAACAGCAGUAGAGGAAGAGGUCAUGAAAAGUGUACCCAAAAUUUACAAAGCUGGGGCUAGACAGUUGUUGGAUAAAAUUAAAAAACACCAGGAUGUGUUGCACUGGAAUGAUAAAGGAGAGCUGUUGUAUGAAAACAAACCAAUCCCAGGUUCUCAUGUGGUCGACCUAGUCAACGACACAUUGCGUCACCGAAAAGGAUUUGAACCAGUGGGAUGGUCCGUGUUUGCGAGGGGCCUGGCGCGAAUGAAUGUCCCCGAAAACUUGGUUCGUAAUCCCCAACGUCAGAGUGCCAUAAGAGAGUUUAAAGCAAGAGUGAGAGAGGAGACCCCAGAAAGUCUAUCGCGUUGGCUACCCACCCCACCUGUGACGUUAUCUUCUGUCAAAAAGCAGAGG